AUGGCAUCAAAUUUAAAUAUAUCUUCGUUUCAAAAUUUAUCAUUAUGUAUUUAUAUUGGUAAUACAACUUCACUUGAUGAUAAAACAUUAUUAACUUAUUGUUCACGUUUUGGUACAAUUGUUUCAUCAUCAUUCGAAAAAGAAAAAUUUUGUGAUUUUCAUAUUAUUGAAUUUGCUAAUCAUGAACAAGUAGAAAAAUUUCUCGAUGAAAAUAUUCAUGACGUUGAUGGAAUAUUACUUGAUGUAAAAUUGUAUAAAACUAUAUAUACUAAUAAUGCUAUAUUAAAUAUUGAUCGUAAAUUUUUUAUUGGCCCCAUAUUAAAUUCAAAUGAUAUAAAUACAAUUAUUGAAUUUUAUAGAAAAAUUGAUUCAUCAUUACGUUAUUAUUUAUCAAAACAAGAUAAACAAGCAUAUUUAUUAUUUGAAUUAAAUAAUCGACAAUCUAUUACAACAAUAUUUGAAAAACAAACAAUACCAAUAACAAUUGAACAGAGAAAUUUUUUUAUUUAUAAACCUAUACAUCCAAAACAAUUUGUUAAUAAAAUAAUAUCCAUGAAAAAUAAACAAAAUCAAAUAUAUAUUCAAGGAUUAACAAGUAAUAUAACUGAAACAAUGUUAGUUGAUUAUUUUCAUAGACGUGCACCAGUUAUUGCUUGUUAUAUACUUUUAAAUGAUCCGACAUGUGCUGUUAUGGAAUUCAAUGAUAAAAAAACUGUUAAGAAAAUUCUUGAUACACCUAAUAUACGUUUACAAGGAACAAAUCUUUUAAUAAGAAAAGCAUCUCGUCAUCUUGCUUCAUUAUUAUUUUCUUCUACUAAUAAGGAUGAAAGUGAUGAUGAUGAUGAUGAUGAUGAUGGUAAUAAUAAUAAUGAUAAUAAUCUUGAAGUAAAAUCAACAGUUGUAUCAAAAACGUCAUUCCCAGAACCUAUAGUUAAUUCACUAGGAGUACAAAAUCAACUAUCUUUAUUCACAUUACCAACAACUCAUCAAGAAAAUAUUCAACAACAAUUACUAUCAUUUUUAAAUGCUAUACCAUCGUCUAUUGUUAAGGAACCAACAUUUAUUCCUUCUCCAGAAAAAAUGGAAUCUGGUUGGACAUCACCACCACGAACUAUUAUUAGUCAUUGUCCUGUAACUGAUCAAUUAUCUAUUCCAUCAUCAUCGAUUCCUUCUGCUACUACAAUUAGUAAUUAUACUGAUCUUCUACAUCAAUUAACAACUGUUGAUACAGAUAUAAAACCGAUUAGACCAAUAGCAUCAAAUAAUAUUUUAAAGUUUUUUGAACAAUGUCAAAAUGAACUUGAUCAAAUUAGAGAUGAAUAUAGAUCAAAAUUUGAUGAAAAUCGAAGAUAUAUUGAACAAGAAAUAAAUCUCUUAAUAGAUGAAGAACGACAAGCAUUGGAUAAAUUAAAUCGAUAUUUAAAUGAUCAUCGACGACGUGUAGAAAAACGUAAUAAUAAUAAACGAAAACAUAGUCCGUCAUCUUCAACUCAUUAA